AGACAGAGCUACCACUAGAGUGCUUCAAGCGCAGCCAACUUUAACUUGUACAUGACUCUGCGGCUUUGAGCAAAAACAAAAUUCAUUUUGCGACAGUAAAUAAGUUCAAUUUUAUUGCUAUUUGAAAAAGAAAACAAAAUGCCGACUGAAAACCUCGAAGAACAAGGCUUAGAGAAGAACCCAAACUUGGAGUUGGCCCAAACCAAAUUCCUGCUCACUCUUUCCGAGUAUAAACAAGAUGUGGCCUUAAAAUCAAAGCUUCUCGAAGCCAUUCAGGCGGACAACAUGGCUCCUUGGUACGAGCACAUCUGCACGGAACUCAACUGGACUAUGGAUAAGGACAUACUAGCGCGUAUGCGCGAACAAAAUCGCAUUCAGAUUGAACAGCUGGACGCCGCCAUCGAGGAUGCCGAAAAAAAUUUGGGCGAAAUGGAAGUGCGUGAGGCGAACCUAAAGAAGUCUGAGUAUUUAUGUCGCAUUGGGGACAAGGUCGCGGCCGAGACGGCAUUUCGCAAGACAUACGAGAAAACUGUUUCGCUUGGUCAUCGUCUAGACAUUGUGUUUCACCUUAUUCGUCUUGGCUUGUUCUACUUGGAUCACGAUCUAAUCACACGCAACAUCGACAAGGCCAAAUAUCUAAUCGAGGAGGGCGGCGACUGGGACCGCCGUAAUCGCUUGAAAGUCUACCAAGGCGUCUAUUCAGUGGCUGUCCGUGAUUUCAAGGCGGCGGCCACCUUCUUUUUAGACACCGUCAGCACCUUCACCUCCUACGAACUGAUGGACUAUCCCACAUUUGUGCGUUAUACUGUCUAUGUGUCUAUGAUUGCUCUGCCGCGCAACGAGUUGCGCGAUAAAGUAAUCAAGGGCGCCGAAAUUCAGGAGGUCUUACAUGGCCUCUCUAGCGUAAAGCAAUUCCUCUUCUCCCUCUACAACUGCCAAUACGAGCAAUUCUACGUUCAUUUGGCCGAGGUGGAGACGCAACUGCGCAGGGACUAUCUAAUACAUCCACACUAUCGCUACUACGUGCGGGAGAUGCGCAUUCUUGGCUACACACAACUGCUGGAAUCUUACAGAUCUCUCACGCUGCAGUACAUGGCCGAGUCUUUCGGCGUCACUGUCGACUACAUUGACCAGGAGUUGGCUCGUUUCAUUGCCGCAGGUCGGUUGCAUGCAAAGGUGGAUCGUGUGGGCGGCAUUGUAGAGACAAAUCGACCAGAUAACAAGAAUUGGCAGUACCAGGCCACCAUAAAGCAGGGCGAUCUGCUACUCAAUCGCAUUCAGAAGCUCAGUCGUGUGAUAAAUAUUUGAGCAGGAGCUUGAAUUCAUUGAGAAACAAAUUUCAUUUACCCAAAACAUGUAAAAUUUAUUAAAAUUCAACUUUAAUUGUAACAACUACUGCGUAAAUAUAACACGUACAAUAUAAAACGAUAAAAAUUCA